CAUAACCUAUGAAUGUUCUCAGUUCUUAGAGUUUGAAAGAGGUGUUUUUGAAAUAUUUUGAAUUUUGUGUUUUAUAUUGAUACGCAAUGAAAUUCAAAAAUAAACAUAAAAAUCACAACAGUGAUGAUGACUUCGAAGAUUAUAUUGAAGACACAAAAAAAUGGUUCGAACAGGUUCCUGUUGUACCGGAAAAAUUUCCUCCAGCAACGGAACAACUAAUUAUUGAAUUGAAAGAAGAGGCGAAGAAAUGUCUGGAAUCUGAAACUGCAAAUUACAAGAUCAAAAAUGCCAAAACUAACUCAAAUUACCAGUGGAUGAAAUCUGUUAUGACCAAAGGAACAGUUUCUGAUAAAAUUGCUUCUCAUACUGUUAUGAUCCAAAAUGAUCCAGUCCAUAAUUUGGAAUUACUGAGAAGCUUUGUUGGAAUGGUCAAAGUUGGAAAGAAAAAAGAAUGCAUUGGAGUUAUGGAUGCACUCACAGAUCUUUUUCUGGAAGAUCUACUCUUACCAAACAGAAAAUUACAAGCAUUUCAUCAGAAACCAUUGACUUUAUUGAAUAAUCUCUCUUCCGGGAAUGCAGUAUCCAGACGGAAAAUAUUAAGUGUUUGGUACUUUGAAGAUCAAUUGAAAGAAAUUUAUGACACCUAUAUAGAAGCUUUGAAUACAGCUGCACAUGAUUCUGUUGAUAAUAAUAAAGAAAAGGCUAUUACAGGCUUGUUCAAGCUGUUAUCUGGAAAUCCAGAGCAAGAAAAAAAAUUAUUAGCUUUCCUUGUGAAUAAAUUAGGUGAUCCUUCCCAGAAAGUAGCAUCAAAAACUAUUUAUUGUUUGGGGCAGCUCAUAAGGAAGCAUCCUAAUAUGCAGGGUGUGAUAUUAAACGAAGUCGAAAAACUCUUGUUCAGAUCUAAUGUAUCUACAAAAGCACAAUACUAUAGUUUGUGUUACUUAUCCCAGUUUUAUUUGAGCCAUGAAGAACACGAAGUAGCCAAACGAUUGAUAAAUGUAUAUUUUGGUUUCUUCAAAGCUUGUGUUAAAAAGGGAGAAAUAGAUAGUAGAAUGAUGUCAGCUCUAUUGAUCGGAGUGAACAGAGCAUAUCCCUAUGCAAAAUUAGAAGAAAAAGUUAUUUCUGAACAUUUAGACACAAUUUAUAAGAUUGUACACCUUGCAAACUUCAAUGUUAGUUUGCAAGCAUUAUGCUUGCUUUAUCAGGUAUCUGAUUUCACAAAUAAUGUGGCUGAUAGGUACUAUUCAGCUUUGUAUCGAAAAUUGCUUGAUCCCAAAAUAAUAGCAACCAGUCAUCAAGCGAUGCUGUUGAAUUUAAUCUACAAAUCUCUUUUGAAAGAUACUGAACAGAAUAGAGUUAAAGCAAUUAUCAAAAGAUUGUUACAAUUAUGCCUACAUCUAAAUACAAGUUUCACUUGCGGUAUUCUUUAUCUGAUAUCCCAACUUUUGAAUAAAAAGAAGGGUCUGCUUUCCACCAUUCAGAAAGCCACUUUAUCAGUUUUGGAUGAAGAUGAUGAUGGGGAGGAAAAAUAUAAUGAUGUGAAAGUAGACGCUGAAAUUGAAGUGAAAGAUGAAAUUUUGUCAGAUGUUGAAAAUGAACAUAUUAACAUAAAAAAAAAUGUUUCGAACGAAAAAGAGGAAAUAUUCGAUUUGAACGCAUCUGUCGAAAUUGUUGAUUGUAAAGAUCCCGAAAUUAAAACUGAAACAGAUGAGGAGGGCUCUAAGAAGUCUCGCGGUUGGUACCAUUUGAAUAUGAAUGUGAAAAAAGAAAAAAAUACCAGUGAAUAUAACCCUCUAGUGAGAAAUCCUCUCUUUGCUGGUGCUGAACAUGCAGCCUUUGUAGAAUUGCAUUACUUAAGACAGCAUUUUCACCCUACGGUUUCCUUAUAUGCAAUGAAUAUUUUGAAUGGUCAACUCAUAAAAUAUCAGGGAGAUCCACUGAAAGAUUUUACGUUGGUCAGAUUUUUGGAUAGGUUCGUUUUUAAGAAUCCAAAACAAACGGAUGAAUUCCAAAGUGGAUCCCAUCCAACUUUCGGAAAGAGGAAGUUCUACAGACCCAAGGGAGUGAAGUCGUUAUCAGUAACUUCGUCAGAAUAUUUACGUACAAGAGAAGAUAAUAUCCCUGUAGAUGAGAAGUUUUUACAUAUGUAUCUUCAGAAGAAAUAUAGUAAUAGAAGUUUGAAAGACGAAGAUGAAAGUGAUGUCGAUUCUGUAGCAAGCGAUGAAUUUGAAGAGAUGCUUGAGAAAAUGACAGGCACUCAAAAAGAGGAUAUGGACUUCAUGGAAGAUAUAGGAGAUAGAUUAAAAAAGAAUAAAAGUAAAGCCAGAAAUGAAGAUGCUGAUGAUGAGAGUGCUGAUGAGGAUGAUUCAGAGGAAGAACUGAUGGAUGAAGAUGAUGAAGAUAUCGAAGAUGAUGAAAAUGACGAUCUCAUGGAGGAAGGUGACGAAGAUUUACUGAAAGAUUUAGAUGAUGAUGAUGAUGAAGAAAUAAUGUUUAGUGAUGAUGAACUGAAGGAUAAAACAAAAAAGAAUUCUAAAAAGAAUAAGAAGAACGAAUCAGUGUUUGCACCAGCAGAAGAGUUUGCAGAAUUAUUAGAGGAUGAAGGAAGUUCUUAUGGAAAACCUGGUAGUUCAAAUACACUGUCCAACAACGAUAAAUCACAUAAAAAACAAAUGAUGUGGGAAAUGAAGAGAAAUAACAACUGGUCAACAGGAAAGAAGAGAAAAAGGAAUAAUCCGAAUAAGAAUAACAAAAAUAAAAGAUUCAAAAAAUAAUGUAAAUAUUGUUUUGCAUCUUUGUUUAUGUACAUAUUUGAAUAUAAUUCUUUCAGAAUAUUA